CUGCGGCGGAUGUUGAUGUUUUGUUUCGGAGCUGAACGAUGUGAACUGUAUCGUCUCCGGGACGGGUGGAUAUUUCUGUGCGGUUGUCUUCACGGUUCUCUGUGUACUCUUUUAACGGUAGCGUUUCACUGUUCGUAGGCAUCGUGUCUGUCCCGGUGUCUGUCCCGGGAAGCGCGAGGCCGAGUUGUGCGAUGAUGGAGGACUUUGACGAGAUAUACGAAGAGGAGGAGGAGGAAGAAGAGGACGAGGACAGGGCCGCGGAGGAGCAGCUCCUCAAGUAUGCUCCGGACCCGGUGGUGGUGCGAGGGUCCGGCCACGUCACUGUGUUUGGACUUAGCAACAAAUUUGAGUCAGAAUUUCCUUCAGCACUUACAGGAAAGGUGGCACCAGAGGAAUUCAAAGCCAGUAUCAACCGUGUGAACGGCUGCCUGAGAAAGACACUGCCGGUGAAUGUGCGGUGGCUCCUGUGUGGCUGCCUCUGCUGCUGUUGCACAUUGGGCUUCAGUUUGUGGCCGGUCAUCUGCCUCAGCAAGAGGACAAGAAGGUCUUUAGAGAAACUUCUGGAGUGGGAGAACAGCAGACUUUACCACAAGUUGUGUUUGCAUUGGAUACUAAGCAAAAGGAAGUGUGAAACAAACAACAUGAUGGAAUAUGUAAUCUUAAUAGAAUUCCUACCUAAGAUCCCCAUCUUCAGACCGGACUAGCCCGACUGUGGCGGAUCUUCAACGUCCACCGCUGCCCAGAUCCGUCAUAGAACUACAAUGGCUGCCAAGCUCCUGAAGAAUUCCCUAAUAUUUAUGUUUACAGGGUAGCAUCGAUUUCCCUCUUCUCUUUUACCCGUUUCCUCGCACAUAACUUCUCUUUACCCUUGUUUACAAAUCCAGCAUCCCAACACUUGUUAAUGGAGUGCAUUCACCAAUAAAUCACGACUUACCGAGCAAGCUGGCACAUUGUUAAGCCACGCUAGCCAGCACCAGCCUGGGGAUGUCAGGGGAGAACCAGCUAUGGGCAGCAUUAUGGAUAUAUGGAGCUGGGAGACUGGACUCCUAAAUUGAGUUUUCUGAGCUAUGACUGGAAUUGUGGCCGUUGUAUGUUCCCUAAACUAAGCACAUGGCACAGUCAGACCAUGAGAACUCGUUCACGUUACCAACUGUCUCAUCGCCAACUUCACCUGCAAAAAAUACACCCCAGUGCUUUUGUAAGAGUUGUUUUGGUGCUCUAGAUCAUUAUUUAAGGCUGCGGAUGCAACAUGACGCAGCACUUUAAAGAAACCUUCAUCCAAAUCAACUCUGUAGCGGACUGCCUAGUCUUACAGGAGCAUGCUGGGCUCUAAAAUGUCACUCCUAUUCUCCACUACCAGACAUCCUCUCGCCUCCUUUCAUGUAUCUGCAUCACCCCUAAGUGACAAUCACACAGUCUGACUGUGUUCUCCGUGGUAUGAAUGGGUCUUUAAGCUGAACAGAUUACCUGAAACAACUUGUCUUUGACAUUAUGUGUGUCCAGGUGAUGGGCUGGCUGCCUAGCAACUGCUUCUAUAGAGCAGUGGAACAAGUAAGCUGGAAGAAAGCCACUAGUGAAGAAGAGACACUUUUUUUGCUUUCUUUUUUUUUAACAUCCAAGUUUUGUUUACUUAAAUAGUGAAAGAGAGCAGGCCAAUGCUUGCAAAACUUUUCACUGUUAUGUGUGUGUCUUUGCGAGAGAGAAACAAGCAAAAAAGAGACAAAUCAGACAUUAAGAGAGACUAUACUCUUUGAUGCUAUUGUUUGCCAUAACAAAUCUUUGUUGCGUUUCUUGUAAUUUAUGAAUGCUCGAGUGGGCAUUUAAUCUGUGCAUUUAUGAUAUGGACCUGUUUUGUUUUUUGAUAACAUAUGCCAUUGUUUUCUUUUUGUCUUUAUGGUCACAUGUCAACACUAAAGCACACAAUGGGUCCUUAACACCUCCACAUGGCUUCUCUUCCUUAUCUGCUGACCUUCGCUUACCUUUAUGAAUGCUCAAGUUAAGGAUGUGGCUCUUCUGAGAAAUAUCAUUUGUUAAGAUACUAUCUGACUAAUACAGAGGUCUGGGGUUACCAUAGGUGUUAGGUAAUAUAAGGGUUCUGUAUCAUGAAGCAGGAUUACUUAAAUUAGCUUGAUAAUUGUGCUGACUGUCACCAGACUAAUUCAAAGUCAGGAAUAUCGAUAUAAAGCUGCAGCACUAAUCAGUGUUUUCAUAUUCAAAAGGAAAAUGGCAGCGUUUUCCAGCAGCAGGUAGAUGUUUUCACAGAAAAGGUUGUGAUAAACCCAGUGUACAUUUCCUGCUCAGGAGCACACAACAGACAGACAGAGGUAGCCACAAGCUGGUGAAAACUGUAGAGUGUUUAGCAACUGAAGAGCCAGAUAUUUCCCUCAGGAGUUAGUGACCAAAACAGAGAUAAGAGGACUCAUAUUUAGCUUUGUUUCAUCAUUUGGCUGCAAACACGUAUCCAAAUGAAUGUUCAUGUUGCUUUUUUUUAUUAGUCAUUUAUCUAGCAUCUCAUUUGUCUUGCAAUCAGUCUUUGUGAAAAAGGCCUAAAACUAAUUUUAAACCUUUCCACAUGUUAUGUAUCAUAAAGCACAUCUGAGUUUAAUGAAACGUACAGCUAUUUCUCCAUAAAGGAGAUGGCGUAGAUUAAACGUUUCCCACUCGACACACCUCAUGAUUUAUUAAAACAUCCACAGACUGAGAUUGAAAAAGGCCACUUUGUUUUUGGUCACACAGCUCCAGUGAUUGUAUGGGUCACUCUCAGGGGAUUAUACUUAUAAUAACAAAAUGUAUUAUUGGAAAAUCCUACUGUCGGGUUUGUUCCAGAGUUACACUACGGGCUCAUGUACAAUAUACAGAUCACACAGUACUUGAAUAAUCAUGAACAUUGGGCGUUUGUUGUGAAAAAUACCCCUUAAAGUUAAAGAAAAAUAACCUUUCUGUGGUCUUCCUGUUCGAUAGUAAAGGAAGCACAUACUCCAUGGACCCACAAAGUGCAGACAUUGUGUUGGUUUAUAUGUUUAAAAACACAAACAUUUACACUAUUACCCCUGGGUAAUGAAGUGAUUUCAUCAGUCACUUUUCUAUAUUUCUGAUUGUGGUAUGUUCUAUAUGAAUCAAGGCAUAAGGCCAUAUGCAGAUAUUUGUGUGUGUGCGCGCGUAUGUGUGUAUGCUGAUUCAAAUGUUCUUCGUAGAUCUCAGACUGUGAUUGGAUCCUGCACAGAAAAAGAGUCCUUUUUUAUAUAACCCUGAGUGGUCUGUGUGUGUGAUUGUGUGUACGAGGGAGAGAAAGAUAUAUGUACAUAUGACUCAUGAGCAGGUGUGCAGAUGUACAGUAAUAAACUACCAAUAAACAAGGCUAUGGGCAUCCAA